CUUAAAUACGUCACGACCCUCCUGUCUUCAAAACAACACGUACGAGCUGAAUGCGGUUACUAACGCAAGAUUAACGGCCGCUCGCUGAUCGAUAGCUCCGGUUCGCGGACAUGACGGUGAGAUCCGCGUAAGCGCAGGUGAUUGGUGAGCUGAUCGCGCCGUACGAUCGCGCACUUUCGGUAUCGACGUUCAGCGGAUUCGGCGAUGGAUCGCGGCGGGUGUCGGUUGAGCGGCGGCGGCGGAGGCGACAACAUGAUCACGCUGGAGGAUCUGGAGUCCGUGUCGGAGGAGCAGCUGUCGGACAGUCUCGAGGAGGAGCAGGAGCAGGAGGAGGAGCAGCAGGGGAGACUCCUGCAGUACUGGAGGGAUGUGGCGCGCGGACACCAGGUGGAGGUGCCGACAGACAUGGCCGAACCCAUCCAACAGAUCACCACCAACAACGACGGCGCGCACACGCGGGAGCAGGUGCCCUACACCCUCAUCACACGCAAGGAGAAGUGUGGUGAGGUGGUAUAUGAGAAGCGUCACUAUGAGAAAGCGCACUGGGCCUGUAUCACGGUUCACGAGGACACGUAUGAACAGAGCAUCUGCUACGGCUUCAUGAAGAUCAUGAGAUACAUCUGCCAGCAGAACUCAGCAGGCAGUUAUCUGGGAAUGACGAUACCCAUCGUGACGGUGAUCCGCACCGACGAGAUGCGCACGACUCUGUCGCGGGCCGUGACCGUGGCGUAUUACCUGCCCACCCCGCACCAGAGCGACCCGCCACGGCCGUACGACCCCGAGAUCGUGGUAGAGCAGUGGCCCGCCGCUAUCGUCUACACCAGGGCGUUCACGGGCGCCACCAACGAGCUGACCAUCAUCCACGAGAUCAGCAGUCUGGCCGAGGCGCUGGACUGUCCGGCCGUGUGCGUCAGCGACUCGUUCAUCGUGGCCGGAUACACCAACCCGGCGGCGGCCAACCGGCAGAACGAGAUCUGGUUCCUGGAGCGGCCGUGAGCCGCGCCCGACCCUCCUCUACCCAGAAUCCUCUGCGCCUCUCAGAGACCACAGCGGAGCGAGCGCAGGGCGUUACGGUCAUCCUGUAGUUCCUGAUUCCCGUGAGCAGAGCCGCUGAACCGUUUCUAUGCGUCACACUGAUUAUAAGCUACAGACUGGACAUCAGUCACUCUGUGAAACGCUGUUGCUUUAAGACAAUCAUCACGUACCUCUGUCUGUCUGUCUCUCGCUCUAGAAUCGAUGCUUGUGUAGUGAUAAUCAACAAAUCCAUAUAAUAGGUGCACAUUUAUAUAUAUAUAUAUAUAUUGUUAUAGUGCUAUUUUUGUUAAGUAUUUUUUUAAACUUCUCUGUUACAAGCACACAAGAGUUUUCUGUGCUGUCUGGGGUCUGAAUGAAGUGAACGAGCUGAUCUCUGAUCGGUGUCUGACGGCUGUGAAUGUGAACGCUCGUGUAUCCUCAGUUUAAACACAACAGCCACUGUGAAUUUCUGUGGAUGCUUCUGUUCUGAUCUGAAUAAACUAUUACUGAAUCACA